UCACUGAUUGUCUUCAUGAUGACCAUCAUCUCUCUGCUCCUGCUGGCCUCUCUGCUGCCACACCUGACCUCCACUGUGGAUGUGGGUAUAGUGAAUGGCUGGGAAGCAAAACCCCACUCCAGACCUUACAUGGUUUCUCUUCAAUUGAAUGGGCGACACAUCUGUGGUGGAUCCCUCAUUUCUAAUCAGUGGGUCUUGACUGCUGCACAUUGCUGGAAAGGAAAUGUGAUUUUGACAGUUGUUGUUGGUGCUCAUGACUUAAGCAAUAGUAAGAGUUUGGAUCGAAUCAGUGUAAAGAAGUACAUCCCGCAUCCAGACUACAAAAGUUUAAGGAAUGACAUCAUGCUUUUAAUGGUAACCAACUCUGCUCAUAUCACUUGUUCAGACAAUAUCCGCUCAGGAAACUCUACAAAAAAAGUCAGACUAAACAAAAAUGUUGGACUGAUAUCAUUGCCAAAGUACAGCAAAGACAUCAAUGUGGAUACUCUCUGUAGUGUUGCGGGCUGGGGAAGACUGUGGAUUAAUGGCUUACUGAGCAAUCGUCUAAUGGAGGCAAACGUGACUAUACUGAAUCACGAAGAGUGUAAACGUAAAUGGGGAUCCAGCUACUCGGCCUUAAAGAUGAUCUGUGUACAUGGCGGUGGUGGAUCCUGCAAAGGAGAUUCAGGAGGUCCUUUGGUUUGUGGAGACACUGCAGCUGGUGUCACAUCUUUUGGUUACUCUAAACUCUGUAAUUCAGCUGAGCGUCCUAAUGUGUAUACUAAGAUUUCAGCAUAUCUUCCAUGGAUCCACCAAAUCAUUAGAAAUGUUAAGUAACUUCAUGGAAAACAAGGAAGAAUUUGUAUUUAUUUUUUCUUGAAUUAUUUCAUGAACCUUCUGUCAAUAAACGUACCACAUG